GAAUCGAAACAUUUACCAAUAUUGUUUUUUCCCUUGCAGUUCAUGUUUUCUUCCGAAAUGUCUUCGCCGGUACCAAAGUCUCCGGAAUUAUCUGAUAAAAACCGGAAAUACGAUCGUCAGAUUCGUUUAUGGGGUGAACAUGGUCAAACGAUCCUGGAAAAUGCUCAGAUUUGUUUGGUCAAUGCGACCGCUCUUGGCGCUGAGAUUCUGAAAGGGGUAGUUCUUCCUGGUGUAGGAGGAUUCACCAUUAUUGACAACAAGCUUACCACUGAGGAGGACAUUGGAUGCAAUUUUUUCCUUGACGCAAAUUCCGUCGGCCAAAGCCGGGCUAAAUGCUGCAUGCAACUGUUGCAAGAAUUGAACCCGGAUGUCCAUGGAGAUUAUGUUGACGAAAAUAUUGAUCAGCUAAUCGAUGCUCAACCAGAGUUUUUCAAAAACUUCGAUGUUAUUGUGGCUACGGCCGUCAAUGAACGAACGAUUAUCAGACUUUCGAAUCUCUUAUGGGAACAGGACAUUCCGUUGAUCGUGUGUCGAUCAGUUGGCUUUUACGGUGUAGCCCGGCUUCAGAUAAGAGAACACUGCGUUAUUGAAUCUCAUCCUGACAACAGACAGACGGAUCUUCGCUUGGAAAACGCCUUUGAUGGACUCAAGAAACACAUUGCCGAAACAGAAUUGACUUCGAAAAUUCCAUGGUUGGUGGUAAUGUACAAAUGCCUCCAGGAGUGGGUUGAAGCUCACGAAGGGAAAUAUCCAGCAGUCCACAAGGAGAAGGUCGCAUUUCGAGAAUUUAUUCGUUCGAAAAUGACAGCGGACGAGGAAAACUUCGAAGAAGCAAUCAAGGCGGUUAACUCGAGCUUCGGCGAAGGGAAACCCAAUUCGUCAAUCCGGAAAUUACUUUCAGAUGAUUGUUGCACUAAUGUGAAUAAGGAGAGUAACGCUUUUUGGAUAUUGGCACGUGCUUUACGAAACUUCGUCGAAAAUGAAGGCAAUGGCUUCUUGCCACUACCAGGAGUUUUGCCAGACAUGACAGCCGAUACCGUUUCCUAUAUCAAACUCCAAAACGUGUAUCGCUCGCAAGCAGCACAUGAUGCCGAAAUUGUUUAUAGAAGGGCUCGACAACUGCUGAAAGAACUGAACAAACCUAAUGACUUAAUUACAGAAAAAGACGUUCGAUUAUUUUGUCGUGAUGCUGCCAAUAUUGCUGUCAUUCGUGGUUCCAAAAUCGCAGUUGAAUACGAUAAGGGCUACAAAGCGACGCAAAUUCUGGCUGGCUUGGAGACUCCAAGCUCGUUGAUGGCUCAUUAUGUAACGCUGAGGGCGAUAGACAAGUUCCAGGCAGAGCACGGUUACUUUCCUGGGGAGUGUCAGGUCGAAGGAGACACCACUCGGAUCAAGAGUCUAGCGAGCAAGAUGGUAAGCGAUUGGGGCAUCAGCACGCCAAUCAGCGAUGAUCUUGCCCAUGAAGUUUGUCGUUACGGUGGGGCGGAGGUUCACAGUAUUUCGGCUUUCAUGGGUGGAUGCAUCGCUCAUGAGUUGAUUAAACUGAUCACGAAACAAUAUAAACCAUUUGAUAAUACGUUCUUCUACGAUGGAACCACUUCCCAAACAGAGAUAUUCAAACUGUGAAGAUGGUUUUCGUAUAUUUAGUUUAGUGUUCUCCUACUUAACGAAUGAUGAAUAAAUGAGUUACGUUGCAACUAAAAAAA